UGACGUCAGUAUGGCAGUGGAAAGUCAGGUGAUGUACACUAUAAGCAGAGGGAGCUGUCCUGGUGCUGAAAACAGUCCACAAACUCGCAGCUGACAGAUAACCAAGACCAUGCUUUAGGUUGCUUCUGCACACAGGAACAUUUCAAACAUGGCCGAUGCUAAGGUUUCCCUGCUUGGAACAGCCUUGCUUCUUGCCCUUCUUUUUGCCCUAACAUGUUUUGCCAAUGCUGCUUCAUUUCAACGUUACCAAAAGACCCAGAAAGACCCAGAUUACCUAAUGAAAAACUUGCAAAGGGUCCCAAGCCCAGAUAUGAUCAAAGCUCUGGAAUAUAUUGAAAGUCUUAGACAGCAAACCAGCAAUGGAGAAACAAGCCCAGAUUAUAGUUCCUAUCAAGGUGCCCAAUACAUUCUGCAAUCAAAAGAAAGUAAAGACCAGAACUACUUACCAGAUACUCUAAGGGAAUCUUUGGCAGAUGAGGAGUCACAGUGGGUUAAGGCAAUGUUGAAAGCUCUAAGGCAAGGAGAAAAAGAAUCAAAGGGUGCCCCAAAAGAAAAUAAACCAUAUGGCAUGAACUUAGACAAUGUCUUCCUAGAUGGAAUGACUGAUGAUUAUGAUGAUCGUUCUUGGGCUGAUACAUGGCACAAACAUUCAAGGAAGCCACAUGCCUAUUUUGAAGAAAAUCCAAGAGACAGUCCUUAUAAACGAACAAAUGAAAUAGUGGAAGAACAGUACACACCUCAAAGUCUUGCUACUUUAGAAUCAGUAUUUCAGGAGCUGGGGAAAAUGAUGGGACCAAGUAACCCCCAAAAAGAAAGGUUUGAAGAACAGAAAUUGUAUGCUGAUGAUGAAGAUGAUGGUUAUAAAGGAAAUAACAUUGCUUAUGAGGAUGUGGUUGGAGGAGAGGACUGGAACCCAAUAGAGGAAAAAGUGGAAAGUGAAACCCAAGAAGAAAUAAGAAACAGUAAAGAAGAAAUUGAGAAAAAUGAAGAGGAAAUUGAUGAUGAAAUGAAGAGGUCAGACGUUCUGGACGGAGAUGUGAAAAGUGAGAAUAAAGAUCAAACAUCAGAUGACGUUUCCAAGGUGAUGGACUAUUAUUUGAAGAAGAUGAACAGUGCUGGAAGUGACAUCUUAAGGGCCAAGCAAAGUGAAGACAAGAGAGCAGCCAGACUUUUGGGGAAGGAACUUGAUCCUCAGACUAUUUAUCAGUUAAUAGAGAUAUCAAGGAAUUUACAAAUUCCACCUGAGGAUUUAAUUGAGAUGUUGAGAGCUGGAGAUAAACAUCAGAGUGAAAAGGAACAAGAGCCUGAACUCCCAGAAGAUAUAGAUGAGAUCCCUGAAUCAAAUGUAGACAAUUCAGAUGUAUUCAAAAAUAAGAUGAACUCUUUAACUGGUUACAGAAAACAGCGGCUUAAUUUUAUGCCCGAUAACCUGCCAGAAGACCUCAAUGUUGAAGAUAUCAUAAAUCUUCUAGGAACUGAAAAUGUCAAUAAUCAGAAACCUUCUUAUCUUGUAAAUCAGUUCAACCAAGAAAAUGGUUUGCCAAGAGUGUCCUAUAUCCCUGGAAGAUCUAAAGGACAUCAGCUACCCAAAGCUUCUUGGCUUAGCCAUUUGGAAAGACGACAAAUGGAACAAGAAACUCUAAAUGAGAAGGAAGAAGACUUAGCAGCUUACUUAGCUAAGAUGCUGGCAAAAUAUCCUGAAGUUAUCAAUACACGUCAGAUUAAGCAAGUUCCACUUGCACUCUCCUCUGAGGAUGACUUGCAAGAGGAUGACCAGUUUGAGCAGGCCAUCAAAGAACACUUAAACCAACUGGGAUCUCAUGAAUCGGACAAACUCAGCUCAUUCAACAAAAGGCUCUCAAUGGCCCAAGAGAAUGAUGAUACACAAAACAGACCAUAUAUGGAUGAGGAUGUGCUAGCAAAGGUUCUGGAAUAUCUAAACCAGGAUACGUCUGAAAAGGGAAGAGACCACAUUACUAAAAGGGCAAUGGAAAAUAUGUAGUCGGCCAAAUAUUAUUUAUCUUAAUUGUAUUGACUUCUACCCAGAUUCAGUUGUGAUUUAAUUUUCUUAAACUCUUCAGGGGCAUUUCAGACAUUACA